CUUUCGAACCCUAGUCAGGGUAAUGGUGAGGGGUAGCGUGACGUUAUUUCAUUUCACAGCUCGGCAUUCCACAGGUUUCCUUCCGCCUCCUCAGGGCCUUUCUUAACCCAGAGAGUGGUUUCCCAGCUCUAGAAAAUGAGUUUGGAGCGGGGUCCACGUUGAAGAAGGCGAAGGGCAUUGUGGGGGCGUUAUGUAAAAGUAGGACCCCCAACUGACAGACCGUUCCUGGUGCUCGCGCUGCCUGGGCACGCGGUGCUUCCGCCUAUGCUGUUGGAAAGGUUCCAGGGCGGGAAACUGAACUCGGCGCUGUGCGCACGCCUGCGCGCUCAAGUAAUGUGGGUGGUGGGUUUUUUUGUUGUUGUUGCCACGCAUGCGUCUUCGUGCCGUGAAGCUGUUUCAGUGUGUCAACCGUCUUGAUUGGAAUAGCGUCAUUUUACCGUGCGGAAGCUACAAAGCAACGCAAACGGAAGCCUGUCUCCGAAAUCUUCCGGAGAAGUGUCACGUCUGUUUUUGUUUAGGAAGAGGAAACCCCGAAAUGGGAUCGAGGAUGAUUUAAAAGGUUCUUAGAGGCGGCUUUGGUCACUGCAAGGGUCAAGAGGGGCUUGGCUUGCUUGUCUCAUCCUCCUCUUGCCUAGUCUCCUUUUCUCAAUUCUCCCAAAAGCCAUGUCCAGACCCUCCCUCAUCAGCUUCACCCCAGCCACCGACCCUAGUGACCUCUGGAAAAAUGGGCAACAGCAGCCACAGCCUGAGGAGCCAGAGCCCACCCUGGAUGGAGCUGCAGCCCGAGCUUUCUAUGAGGCCCUGAUUGGGGAUGAGAGCAGUGCCCCUGAGCCCCGGAGAUCUCAGCCUGCACCUGAACCUGCCAGGGAAAGAAAGAGGAAGAAAAGAAGAAUGAUGAGGGAGGCUACAGCAGAAACAGUGGCAGCAGGAACAUCAAGACGAGGUGGACACAGAAGAUCCCUUGAGGCCGAGGAUAGGAUGACCCAGUGCAUACUGAGGGCAGCCCAGGAGGGGGACCUGGCAGAACUUCGAAGACUGUUGGAGCCCCAUGAGGCAGGGGGAGCUGGGGGGAAUAUCAACGCUCGGGAUGCCUUCUGGUGGACCCCCCUGAUGUGUGCUGCCCGAGCAGGCCAGGGAGCAGCUGUGAGCUAUCUCCUGGGCCGUGGGGCUGCCUGGGUAGGGGUCUGUGAGCUUGGUGGCAGGGAUGCUGCUCAGCUGGCUGAAGAAGCUGGCUUCCCUGAGGUGGCCCAAAUGGUCAGGGAAAGCCAUGGAGAGACAAGGAGCCCAGAGAACCGGUCUCCGUCUCCUUCCCCCCAGUACUGUGAGACCUGUGACACCCACUUUCAAGAUUCCAACCACCGCACAUCCACUGCUCACCUGUUGUCAUUGUCCAAGGGUCCCUGGCCCUCCCACCUUCCCCUUGGGGUGCCCACCUCCAGCCCAGGCUUUAAGCUGCUGCUGAAGGGAGGCUGGGAGCCAGGAAUGGGGCUAGGACCCCGGGGCGAGGGCCGUGCCAACCCCAUCCCCACUGUCUUCAAGAGGGACCAAGAAGGAUUAGGCUACAGAUCAGCACCCCAGCCCCGAGUCACACACUUCCCAGCUUGGGACACCCGGGCUGUGGCUGGGAGGGAGAGAGCCCCUCGGGUGGCAACACUGAGCCGGAGGGAACAGAGACAGCGAGAGGAGAAGGACAGGGCCUGGGAGCGGGAUCUGAGGACAUACAUGAACCUUGAGUUCUGACCUUGGUGAAAUCUGAUGACCCUGGUUUGCUGCUGAAGUCUGAACUUGGGUCUCUGACUCCUACCUCCUGGGAUCUGCCCAAGUGCAGACCCUCAUGUUUUGGUCAGUAGGCUCUGUUUUGGGGAGAGGGCUGAGAGUUGAAAAAUAAAUCACCCUUCUCUCUC